GGUAUUGUAGGUAGAUGGGCCAGCCGGAUUUCUCGUUUGAACAACGUUGGUCAAGACUCGAGACAGAAGAAACCAGGGCAGAGAAGAAAGAACACAGUCUUGCACUGCAUGCAGCAGCAUUGCAAGCAUGCUCUAAUCCAAUCCAAGCCACAACAUUGAAACAGGAAUAUUGAACACAGAAAGAGAUGAAUUAUGGCCACAGAACCUGGCUGGCUUUUCAUUGAAGGCUUCAAAGAGUUGCAGAUAGCAACAUUGCUGAGCUGAAGAGUAGACCACAGACGCGCAAAGCAGGAACAGAGGGCAAUCAGCAAAGGACACUGCACUAUCAAAGCUGUGGUCACAAUAGUUCUUCCAAGUGCAGCUGGAAAAUGACAAUGGAUCCGCUGCGGCAAUCCAUCGACUUGAGCAGACUUGUCAUAGCAAAGGAGUUCCUUUCAUCCCCAGCCAAGGCUCCAGUCAAAAGGAGCCCUCACGCUCCUCCCCCCCAAGACAAGAGUACCACGGAUCAUGCGCACAGAAUUCCUACUGGGGGGCACCUUGCGAACUCCAAACCUGAGCUUCUACACCCCCCAUCAGAUGCUGAGCCGCCCAGCCCACAACCGGGGGGGUGGCCCCUCAGACUGAGCAACAUAGCAAACCGACUGACCCCCAGCCCAAUCAAGAAGCGAGGGGGAUACCCCCAGUCUGUGGAACAGUCUCCAGAAUCUGCCUCCCCCAGUCUUUCUACGUUUCUUCAAGAAAGUCCCGCACUGUUUAGUGAGCCGAGGGAAGCCGCUAGGCGGCUAGAGGGGGGCAAUGAAACAGUGGACGUCCAGGGGGGGGUCCGAGGAAGCGUAACGAGGGCACUUCGUUUUGGGGGGGCUGACGCUGCGUCAUCCGAGAUUGCCCCCGUCCCACGCAAAGAAGCGAGUGGGCUGGAAUCUGAACGGCUCACCUCGACGGCUGUUGACUCUGUAUGCCGGGAGCGAACGCAGGGGGAUGAAAGGGGCCCGCAGGGGGAACCAAUCAACUUGACACCGCUUGCAGAGAAGCAGACGCACCCCGGCCAGCCUGAAGAGGCUUGUGUCAAUAGAGCAGCUGACACUAGGUUUGUCAAAAGUGGCCUGCUGCCGGCUCCCCCGAAGCGGACCCCCCCGCUCCUCAGGAAGACCCGCACCCGGAACCCGUUCACAUUGGGAGCAAACCAGCCUCAGCCAGUUGGUGUGAAUAAGCACAAAACGCCGGUGGGCUGGGUGGGUUUUGAUGAGACCCGAGCAGAGAACGAUGAGAACCGGCAGCAGGCUUGGGCUUUGGGCGUCCGGAAUGUUACCGGACUUCAGAUCCGGACUGUGGUUCGGACGGGAGAAGCAGGCGGCUCACCAGGAACGGCGAAGUCGCCUCUGGGGUGCUUCGGAGGUGCGCGGCUGGAAGUGUCCAAACGGAGCCCAAUCAAGAGCAAGGCAGUCUUGAGAAGCCCACUGGGAGGGCGUGACGUCAGCGAUGCUCAAGAGGGGAGCACCAGACUGGCGGGCCCGACUAGGGAGCCCUUUCAACAGGUGUCGGAGAAUGCGGUUUCCAAAGGGGACAUGGCGGUCAAGGGAAAGGUUCGAUUUGAGGAAGAGAGUCCUAAGAAGCUCCGGUCCCCUGGCAAGCCCUUCACACUCGGCCGGCCGUCCCCCCUCGGCAAGGGCUGCUUCCCCUCUCCGACGAAGCCGCUAACAUCAGCGUUGACGUCACCAUCGGAGUCAGUGGGCCAGGCACCCCCCCACGAGGCACCCUGCGUGCUCCACGUGUCAACCUCAGGAGAGCUGCCGCCGGCCGAGCUGAAAAUGCGUCCGAACAGUCACCCGGAAAGUGACGAACUGUUUGCUCAGACGAGCGUGAAAACAACCGGUCGCUCAGAGACUCCAAGCACAGAGCCGGUUGGAACUGCCGGAAAGACAGAGGUUGAUGGCGGUGGGAAUGUAUCGCCGAAGUCUGGGCCCCAUCUCGAGGACUCUGAGUUCAGGGCCGGGCUGGCGGCCCUGAGGAAGCUGAAACUGGAGUCAGAACAGGGCCUCAUAACCGGUUCAAGUGAAUUGGCGGGCGAAGUGCCGCCCUGGGAGCGUAGGCGGUCAGUUAGCGGAUCUCUGACCGGUUCUUUUGACACUGGAGACGAGAAACUGAGUGGGGCAGUCGACAAGGAAUCGAAAGUGCCAGUUGGGGACGGCGGGAAAGAGGAGAACGUGGUGAAGGUCGGAGGGAAGGGGAAGUGGGGUUUCGGGUUUGGGCGGUCUGGGAAGAAGAGUGUAAGUGCGCCGGCGCUGCAGGAAGAGGACGUGGGUUUCGGAGCUCUGGUCAAGAAGGGAGCGGAACAGGUGAACGGAAAGGACGGAAGCUACGAAGCUGGACGGGGAGUUUCGCGAAUUGAGAAGGAAGGAGAGUCUUUGAGAUUGCAAGCAAGGGACGAUACGGACAGAAGGGAGUGCGGAGACGAGACAGAGAUCGGGAAGCAAAGGGGAGCAGAGAAAGGCGCAGAUGCCAAAUCCAAGAGGAAGAAACGGAAGGACAAGCGGGGCCCCAUCGAGAGCGGAGCGGAGACUGCCCCCACCGAAGGCGACGGCAAUGCCCGUCAACCCGGCGAGCAACAGGGCCUCACGGAGAGAGACCGGGAUGACGUCAGCGGGGCGCCGAAGAGGGGCCUCCUGCGAAAGGCCCUCCGUUUGAAGCGUUCAAAGAAGGGGAAAGCUGUGAAGGAGGAGGUGGCUGACGGUGCGACAGAGGCCGUGACACGGGGCGAGCCGGCAAUGGAUGAGGAAGCUGCGGCGGCAACGGGACGUUGCCACGUGGCAUAUAAGGCACGUGCCAAGGACACGCCCGUGAAGAUCACGUUGGAAGGGGUCAAGAUCGUCGUGCGCCCAAAGGACGGUGACGUCAGCACCCCGAAUAGAGAUGAGGGCGCAAGGCAGGCGGACAUGGGUACCCCUGCUGAAGUGACGUCAGCAGCAGGUGCCCAACUCGAAGCCGCGCCCUUCGAUCGUCUUCCAGUCCCGACGACCGACGACAAGCUGCGGCUCCUCGCGGCCGCCCUCGAGCGGGCGCACCAGAGCGCGCCCCAAACCGUCAAACUCUCGCCCCAAAAGGCAACCACUUUCCGCGAAACUGCACUGCCCAGGUCGCCCAGAUUCUCCCCUUGUGCGACAAGCUCCCCGCAGCUGCUGUCUUUGUACGGGCGGAGUCCGGUGGGGUCGGCGGAACGGCUGGAGGAGGUCCGGCAGCGGAUGGAGGCGCGCGCGCGCGUUUUGGGCGACCAGGGACACGUGCCAAGGGCUGCGCGCAGGCUGCAGAUGGACGGCGCGGUCGCCGCGAACGGGAUUGUGACUGUCGGCCGGGAAGGCCUGUCUGGCGAAAGUGUGGGGCCAGACAAACAAGAAUCGAAGAAAGGAGAUGCUUUUGAACAUUCGAUGGAAACGGAGGAGGGGUCUCAGCAGAGUCCAAGGGUUGAAAUAGUCGGUGAUGAGGAGAAGUGCAGCGAGAAAGGGGCUGACUCUGUAGACCGAAGAGCGGAUUCGGCGGUCGAGAAGUUCGACGCUGCGAAACAGACGGAGGAAGCGAACGGAACGGAACGGGCGGAAGACGUCAAGGAAGCCGAACCGUCAAAUCCUUUAACCCCUGCUGACGCCGCCAGCUUUGAGGCGGCCGGCAGCGCGCUAAACCCCCAAAGCCCGCCCGCCGCUGCUCAGGCCGAAGCACCCGAAGCGCCGAUCGUCCCUGAGUCCGAGGAGACAACGGCAGCGCAGGAAGUGGAGGCUGCAGGCAUCGUGACGGCAGCAAGGGCAGCGCAGGAAGUGGAGGUCGACGACGUGAUGACGUCAGCGAAUACAGGAUCGAUUAUGAGCUUGAGCCCGCCUGAAAGGUGUGUCGACAGCCAGAGGGAGCCUGGGUCUCCUGAGGGGCCCUUUGGCGGCGCCGCCGCUUUCUUCCGGGGGGUAUCGUUCCGGCCGGUUUCUAACCCCCCCAGAGGUCUGAUUUCCUGCCUGCCAAACGGGCUGAUUGGAUCAACCGGGCACAGAGACCGGUCAUUGGCGUCUACACAAAACGACAGGUUGCCGGGCACACAAGAGGCGGAAACGGAAGCGGACGCGGAAGUGGAUGAGAAGGCAAGCCUAGACACUGCGGAUACCUCUGUUGGAAAGGGCAGCGGCGGUUGGGGCGCAGUCACCGAAGGCGACCUCCUCCCUGUGGAAGAGACGGUCGGGUCGCCUGCUAGGCGUGGCGACAAGUCGGGGGCAGACGGGGCCGAGCGGUCGCCGGAAGAGACUUUCCGGGGCGCUGCGGCGUUUUUCCUCCGGGCAAGUGUCACGCCGAACAAGGUGCCAGCAUCCAAUGGACUCCGUUCCGCUCUGCGGGAGGACUGCUUGCCUGCUGCCGCCGGAGUCUCCACCGCCCGUUCCGCCAGUGAUGAGCGGAGCCCCGUUCCGGUCGAGUCAAGCGCUCCCCAAGCCUUCUUAGCAACAGAACCAGACCAGAACGGAGCAGCCCCAAAGCGGUGUGAUCUGGAGACCCCCCCAAAGCGGGACCAAGACAGCAACGAGGGGUCCGAGGAUGAAAACAAAGUGGGGGGAAGUGUCGCGGCCUCGCUUCAGGGGGUUGCUCACCCGCACGCAAGAAACAAUUUCCCCGAGGAGAGACUUCCCAACGCAGCCGCGUUCUUCGGGCGGCGAGCCGCGGCCACUCCCGUCGCGCCACGUGUCACGCUGCCGCUGCAAGAGCUCAGGGGGUUUGCGAAUAGGGCUAAUGAGGACGGUUCCGGGAAGGAGAACGGCUUAGACAAACGAAAGGCGAAGAAGGGUGCUCUUACCGGACAAACGGAAACCGGGGUGAAAACCUCAGAGGGGCAGGCGGCAGAACAGUCCUCUAGGAUGCAGAAAAGCGGGACGAUAAAAGAUCCUCUUCCGCUCCUUCCGUUGGGUCCCUCCGUUCUGGUUCCAGCGGAAACCCCUCCCAGUUCGCCGGCAGAAGCUCCGGGGCUGACACGCGACGUCACUGCCCCGGUCGGUGACGUCACUCCCGUGGCGCCGGCGGUCACGGCGCCCGAGAUGCCGCAGGGGACCGUUUCUAACGCCACCGUGCGGAGCCCUGAGGGGCAGCACCAGCUUAGAAUCGGUAUCCCGGAUGAGGCGGUCUCGCGGCUGCCAAAGCCCGAUUCCAAAGAAGAGGUUCCCCUUCCGCCUCGCGAGUCUGAACGCGACCUUGUCAAAGUAGUUGGGCCGCAGAAUGAUGAGCAUAAUACCGAGGGCCGAAGGAGGGGGUCUGUGCUUGAGAUGGUGAGGCAACGCGAGGCAGCGGGGCGGGAGAAACUGGAGGAUACGACGACUGGACCAGCUCAGGAGAGGAAGAGCCCGGUGAAGGUGCCAACGCGACAGAUCGCGCCCGACGCGGCGGCCGCCUCCGCGGCCGCGGCCGCGGCUUCGGCUCCGCAGCUGGACGCGCUGAUGCGCGAGAACGAGCGGCUGAAAGCGCAGGUGGUGCUGCUGCAGGAGGAGAAGCACCGGAUCGCCAAGCAGAUGGAAGCCAGCAGUCUGAAGGCCAACGGCAACGCCGCCUUCGCGAAGGGCAAGUUCGACGACGCGAAGCGCGCCUAUAACCGGGCGCUGGAGCUGCGGGUUAACGAUAACCAGUUCAACGCAGUCAUUUACACCAACCGCGCGGCCGCGAACCUCGCGCUGGGCGCGACCAUGGACGCGCUCGCGGACUGCGCGGCCGCGCUGCGCAUCGAUCCAAAGUGCGCGGGGGCGGUGCUGAGAAAAGUGGACGCGUGUCUCGCGAUCGGGGACUGGCAAGCCGCCCUGAGCGACCUGUCCGCCCUCGAGAAGGCCGGAACCGGAACGGAAGACGUCCGGCGGAAGAUGCACGACCUGAAGGCCAAGAUGUGGCGGGCCCCCGCCCAGCUAGACUUCUACGGCAUACUGGAGCUGAGCCCCCGUAGCAACACGACAGCUGUCAAGAACGCGUACAAGCGGCUGGCGCUCCGCUACCACCCCGAUCGCGCGGGGCCGCAUGCAGACCUCGUCUUCCAGUAUGUUGCGCGCGCAUAUCAGGUGUUGUCGAACCCCGUCGACAAGAAGAAGUACGAUGCCCAACUGCAGCGCGCUCUACAAUAAGACGUGGCAGAUGUCAGUUCUCGACAGGCAUGCUCAAUUCUCAGCACCGGUUUUCAAGCUAAGCGGGCGAGAAGUGGCUUUAUCUAUGUAGAAAGGUGUGGCGUUCUUCUGCUCGCGUCAAGGGUAGGGGUUGUAUCACAGGUUCCAUCUUGAGUUACGACUUACUUGGUUAUCAUGUAUGGGUUUUUGGGUGAAGAGAACUGGUUAGAAGAGUUCAUAUAGUCGACAGGUCAAUUGCUUUAUAUUUACUGACGGACGUAGGUGCGGAUAAUGUAUAAUAGUAGGUCCUGACCUGAAAAGACGCUUCUGCGUGAAGUUGAGGAGAUGAUUGCUGGAUUCAGCCCGGACGUUCUAUACAGCAAGCCAGCCU